CUUACGCCAGCGUGGAGUUGCUAAAAUGUAUAUAAACCACCUGAUAUUGCAAUGAAAAUCAUUAUUUCGAACUCUGUAUUAGAAAACGAAAUUAAAAGAACCAUGAAGCUCUUCAUUGCCUUUUUACUCACACUUGGUGUGGCAAAUGCUGACAAGAUUGUGGGGGGAUCAGAAGUGGGUGGCCCCAUUUCCUAUCAAGUAAGAAUUGCUUAUGAUACGGGAGGCAUUCGAUGCGGAGGAACUCUGAUAUCCAACCAAUGGGUGUUGAGCGCCGCCCACUGCAAAGGACUCCUACAAACCUGGGAGAGCUGGGUUCUUCAUUUCGGCUACUACAAUCCUACAACGAUAGGUGUCACUCGCACAGUCAUUCAACAAACCUGGAAUCCGGAUUACAACUCGCAAACUGUAGAUAACGACGUUAUGGUAUUGAAAAUAGAUUCUGCCGUUGACUUGUCAAACCCGAGCGUUGUGUACUACGCUCUUCUUCCAGAACAAUCCAGUUCCCUCACCAGUCCUGCAAUCGGUAGUCCAUGCAAAGUGAGCGGUUGGGGAACAACAAAAGCUGACGGAGACACAUCACCAAAUUUACUUGAGGUUACCGUGUACGUUGUCAGCAAUGAGGAUUGUAGCAAUAAAUACUCCAGAUACGGCGGUGUGACUUCCGGAAUGAUGUGCUUGGCCGACAGCGGCAAAGAUGCCUGCCAGGGUGAUUCUGGUGGACCGGCGUUUUGUGGAGGCAGACUGGAGGGAAUCGUCUCUUGGGGAGUUGGAUGUGCUGAUAGUCGUUAUCCCGGCGUAUACACUCGUGUCUCCAAGUAUGUCGACUGGAUCUUGCAGCAAACUGGACCAUUGCCAACUGCAUACUAAAACGAGUUUUCCAGCACCGUUUUAAUUGGUUUAUUUUCAAUUGAAAACUAAUAAGAUUGUAUACCAAUAAAAGUUAAUUUAAUAAA